CUGGUAGUGCUUGCAUCGUCUUAUAAACAUGAUGUUGUUGCUGCGGAAGUUGCCUCUCGCAUUUUUCGUUCACACGUUCAUGCGCGUAAGCGCCAGUGGAGACGGUCCAAGUUUUUUCAGUGAGAGCGUCGGGCGAGGCGUCCUAGGGAGCUUUGUGUCGGUGUCACACUCCGGUUUACUUCAGGUCCCUGUCACAGACUCCGUCUCCGAGCAUCAAAGCGAAUGCGCUAUAUUCGCAGGCGCAGUGCUAGAAGACGGAGGAGAAGGUUCUACUCAUCCGCAGGAUAGAGGAAGUUCGACUCCAAAGCAGGCGGGCGACUGCUUUCCGACGAACGAUGACGUAUUCUUCAAUAUGGGUGAAGUUGCGCGCUGGAGCCAAGCUUCAGAACAUCUCAAGGUUGAGAACGCGAUAAAGCAUAUUUCAAUUUCAUCAAGACGAUUGUACACGAAGUUCAUGCAUUGUAUUUCGAGUAACAGCAAUAAGGAUAACAGUCAGGACGACGCCCUCGUCGCGCACGAACACAACGAACUGCAUGAAAUUUCGAAGAGGUACACGAAUCCGUUCCAUCGUCCGGACCAUCACGUGUUCGAGUUUAUCAGUGCAGGUUCCUACGGGGCAGUUUUCAAAGAAAGCACCGUAACGGAACUGGUAUCGGCUGAGCAACCAUCAUGGGCAGUCAAAGUACAGAUGGCUCCUGAAAUGUUGGCAGAAAGUGACUUUAUUGGUAAGAAAGAAGAAUGACGCUAUUUAUCGAGAAGCCUACUACGCCGCUUUAGAGACAUUUAGGCAGGAUCUUGAAGGUUGCGUGCACUUGGCAAUUUCAGGGACAAGCGACUAUUUUGUUGAAACGUUUCGCGUUUAUAGAGUGCCAAGAUUUUAUUUUUUCUCUGGCGGUGUGGGUGGUAUGGGCAAUAGCCUUAUCGCAGAAAUGGAGCACUACAAUCUGGGUUCAGCUAUGGAAUGGAAACGCAGGUGCAUGAUGCCGGGUGAUAGUAAGUCGAAGUCUCCCUCCCCCGCUCCCUCACCAGGUCAAAUGUCAUCACGCUUGGGCUUGUGGCUGUUUCGACUUCUAACUUUCGGAUUGAGGCUUAUCUAUGGUACCCAGUGCAUGCAUUCUUUUCAUGUGAUCACGCACCAGGACCUCAAACUACAGAACAUUUUGUGUAGGAACAUGCCUUCGGCGGUGGAGACCGAGACCGAGCCUUAUCAUGAAAUGAUCAAGACAGAGAACAAGGAUGGUGAAAGUGAUCAUUGCUUUUGCUGGCCCGUGAUCGCCGACUUCGGGCAAGUAACACACAGGAAUGCACAGAAUUAUUGGAGGCGAUCUGGCGCAUGGAACGCAGAUCCAAUCGAAAACGCAAGUGUGGCGGAAACCGACAUUUGGCAAGUUGGAUACACUCUUUCCACUAUUCUCUACACGAAGCAAUUUGAUAGUUGCAGUAGCUCUCUGUGUGCCGAUCCCGAUUUGGAUAACGUCUCUAACGACAACUUGCUGUUGCUCCAUGACUGUAAGAAAUCAAGCCGCAGGCAGACUCAGCUGCCACCACGGACCGUUAUUGAAGGAACCGCUAAGGAGAAAGGGAUUCUGCAGCGUGUCGAGACCGCUAUUCGUAAAUACGCACUGAAUUGCAACCCAAGCGUACGGGAUUUAAAGACUCUUCGGACAACGCUCCACUCGAGUCUAGACAACCUGGUUCAAGAUCAGAGAUUCGAUGCCGAAACAGAAGAAGUCGAGCAGGGACAAGGGGAAGGCGUAGACGCGUCAUGUAAGACGAAGCUGAAGUUUAUCAAACAUGAUACAAAUUUUUUGAUGUCUUCACUAGUUUCCGUCGAAGUAAAUCGAGAAAAAGACGCCUCGCGCUCAGACUCGCCUUCUGAUGAAGCCAAAAAUCUUAUUCCGGCAAGCCAGAAGAUGAAGAUCGGAGCAAAAACUACCAGCGCAGAAACAUCCAUGACGAAAUCGGACUUGGGAAUGGAUACGAGAAGUGUCGAAAAUAGUCACAGUGACGUGUCACAUUCGGAUCCUCAGCAUCCUUCGCCUCAGGCUGAUACCGAAGCGAAGGCAGUUGCAGCAACAAACAACGUCGACAGAUCUGUGUCACUUUCUGCUUCAACAGGAAAAAAGAAGACCAUGUCCGAGCAGACUACGCAUGUUAAGCGCCUCUCUAAUGAGGACGGCAAAGACGGUGACGCGCGCCACUUUGAGGAUGUAGGAGAGACUCGCACGAGCCCGGGGGAGCCUCACUUUCCUCCAGCAGAUGCUGGACUGUUUCCGACCGCCGAACCUAGCAGCAAAAAAGCAAUAAUCGGGCCACAGAAAGGGGGUGACGAGGAGGAAAAGGCACCAGCUUCAACUGGGUCACGCAGUGCACUCAUAGCAGUAUCGGUAGAGUCUGCCGUAGUGGAAUCUGAGGGAGCUGCGUCAACUAGUGCCGUAAACAUGAAUCCGCGGAGGCUGACGGUCAUCGAGGUUGAAACUAUUGCGGACAAUUUUGUCGUUCGUUCUCUUGCUGAGCAUUCCACAGAUGAUGCGUGGGCAGCAGCUUCAAAGCUCGUCAUACUGCCCAAGCCCGGAGGCGUAGUAGGAGACACAGACAGAGACACUUCAACUUCACCCGUCUCCAUAUCGACACCCCUCGACUGUCUCAAAGGCACCCUCGAUGCAAAAGCGCUGAAUAACAUGGCAUCGAAUGAUGCUGUAUCGGAAGAAUCAUUAUUGCCCCAGAGAUAUGCGAAAGUAGUGGGCGCCUGGGCUUCCCCUUCGCCUUCCUCUGAGAGUCUGAUGGUCCUCAAUGAUGGC